CGCCGUUCUUCUUCGUGGCACGCGUUAGUGAUACUCGUCAGUGUAGCAUACACCAGUCUCGUCGAGAAGAUCGUCUUGAAAGUUUUCCAUAGAUCCUUGAUCGAUAUUAUCGGAUCUUCGAAACAUCGAAGAUUCCAAAAGUUAAAAGGAAGAAAGAAACAUCUUUGAUAGAUCGCAUUAUGAUCCAAGUACCAAGUGUAAAUCUUAUUAAUUACAUCGAAAGAAAUCGAUUGAAAAUGAUUAGAAGGAAAUAAGAGAUCGUUAUAGAUCCGAAUGAAUUGGUUCAAAAUGAGUUCAUCCUUUUGACCUUUCGUCAUAAUAUGAUCUGAAUCUGUUAUGAUUUAGAGAAGUAAAGGUACACAUUUCUAUUGGUAGCGGUUAAUACACGAUAAUAUUUAUCUCUAUAAAUCGAAAGUGGAUUUGUAAAAACGAGUUUAACAAGUGGCCGACGGGAUCGAUAAACGAUAUCACCGUGAAAGAAUCACCGUAAACGAUUGUUUCCUCGAUCUCUGUGUACUUCGACGUACCAAGAUUAAUAUUAUUAUAUUCCCUACGUUGUGAAAUUCAAGUAACAAGAGUCAAAGUAAGUUUUGAGACUUUGAGUGAUCUCUAUGCAAGGUGUCCCUUAAGGGAAAAAAAAAAGAGGUAUCGAACGAUCCAUCGAGGCUGAAGUACAAACACUUUUUUUUUUUCAUUUAUUAUCAUUCGCUAAGCAAGACAGUAGCGAUCUAAACGCAGCGUCUGUCAACGCGUCUCUUUGUGUAAUGCGAUCCCGUGAUGCGGAAGCUUCGAAUUUCCACGUGCUUCGGAAGCUUAUCUUCACAGUGAUGACCUCUUAACUUUGUCGGGAUCAUAUCUUUCUUUCUCUUUUUAUCCCCGGUACCAACUGGUAAACCUAUGUGGAAUAGUGAAUCGUGAUAAACGAUCGAACGAUCGAAUUUAAAACGCUCAAGAUGCUGUUCAAGGGCAAUAGUUCGAGGUUGGAAUUACUCAUUGGGAAAAUCCAGGCACAUAAGGAACCUUCGCACGAGGAACCUCACAAAUCCAAAGAGGCUUUGGGUACCGGAAGUUCCUCUUGGCAUAGCGAAGAUGGCGGACCAACUUCUCGAAGAGGAGGAGAAACACCAUCUUCUUGUGCGACGCCAACUUCUGCGAGCUUUCCGUCGGAACCAGAGAUCGACGGUGAAGUUGGAAUUGGUGCCGACGGUAACAAUCCAACUGCUCCUUAUCCUUGCCAAUUCUGUGAUAGGACUUUCCCACGAUUGAGUUAUCUGAAAAAACAUGAACAGAGCCACGGUGACCAAAUGCCGUACAGAUGUAGUUGGUGUUCGAGAUUGUUCAAACAUAAGCGGAGCAGAGAUCGUCACGUGAAGCUGCACACGGGGGACAGGAGAUAUCGGUGUUCGCAUUGCGAAGCAGCCUUUUCCAGGAGCGAUCAUUUGAAAAUACAUAUGAAAACUCACGACACGCAAAAGCCGUACCAGUGUACGGCAUGUUCGAGAGGAUACAAUACGGCAGCCGCAUUGACUUCUCACAUGCAAUCGCACAAGAAACAUCACCAAGGAACGAGCAACAAUGGCAACAAGCUUCAAGAUUCGGAUUAUGGUAGAAGGAGCGUCUCUUCUCACAGUACGUCCUCUCCACCGGUGCCAAGUUCGCCUUCGCCUUCGUUGAACUUGAGUUUAAAUCCGAAAAAUACUUUGAAGGCACCGCUGGGAACUUCUUGCAGUGCCUCGACAACGCCGAUACUAAAUUCCCCUUUGAAAUUGGCUUGCAUGUAUUGCACCAGAGAUUCGUUCAGUUGUAUGCAACAACUGCAAAUGCACGUGCACACGAUGCACCAAGCGAUUCUAAGCGGAGAAAAUCUUGUCGUAACACCGUCUCCGAGUAGAACGACCGAUUCGGUCGUUGAUUGUUCUCGCGACAAGCUAUUGGAUCGAUCCGACGGCAUUUCGAAGGAUCAAGAGAAAAAGUACGAGGAAAGAUCGACGGAGAAGGAUUAUAAAAAUACUUUUACGUGUUACCAAUGUACCAUGAAGUUCUCUAGUUUGGCCACGUUGAGAGAUCAUUUGAUCUCUAUACAUAGAACCGAUGCCUUUGGUACGUCCUUGAUAAUGUGCCCUCUCUGCGGUAUCCCAUGUAGCUCCGCAGCGGCUUACGCCGAGCAUUACGUUCUUCAGCAUUGUGAGAACCGUCGAAUAGCACCGCAAAAUCCUCAAGAAUACAUGGAUCCUAAAUUAAAUGGAGUCUACGAUACGAAAAGUAUGAGAUUACAGAAGAAUAGAGAAGCAUCUAUUAUAGAACCGGCCGAUCUAACCAGCAAACACGUCAAGUCGUCUGAAAGCAACUACACGUCUAGUACGCUCCUUUGCGGCCAAUGCGGCGCGGCUCUGAAGGAUUUCGAAUCUUUCCGAGAACAUCUUGCUAGACAUUUGCAAGCUGACCAUCGAAACGAAGCUGCGAGAUUUCUCUGUCCGAAGUGCGAAACGAGUUUCCAGGACAGGGAAGACAUGCUGGCGCAUUUGACGAAACAUUAUUUGGGCCAAAUUAGUAAGGAGUACGCUUGUUCCGCUUGUAAGAAGUUAUAUCCACAUCCCGAUCUACUUCAGAGGCACCUUUUAGACAGUCAUGCUCAUCAUCUUUACCGAUGCGCACUCUGCAGAGAUACCUUCGACUCUAGGGUAGCGAUUCAAGUACAUUUCGCUGUCAAACACAGCCAAGAAUGUAGAAUAUACAGGUGUAACGCUUGCACGGCACCAAAUAACGAGAAUUCGCCUGGAAAUGCGCCUGGCGAAGGUCGGAGCUUCUUCAGAAGCGAGGGCGAAAUGGCCAAUCACGUCAGAAACGUUCACGCGCCACCGGCGCUGGCGAACAAUAGUCCAGUCGCGAGGAGUCCAGCGUCCACCCCGGGAAUGACGGUCAAUUCCGGACCGAGAUGCGUCUUUUGCGGUAUCUACUGUGGCUCCGAACUCGAACUACAGCUCCAUUUGGCGAGCCACUCGACCAGCCUUUACAGAUGUCCUAUUUGCAGAGAAGGUUUCGCCGUUGAAUUCUUAUUGGACAGGCAUAUCGCUCAAGUACAUCAUGCUGGCGAACAUCAAAUAAACGCGCGAAGUAAUCCACGAGAAAAUGGACGGCUUCAUCGUCAGCCUAGAUCUCAAGAAGAGGUAAAGUCGCAGAAGAGAGGACGUUCUCCGGCCUCGAGCAACAACAAUUCUUUGAACCAACGUGACAAUAACAACAAAAGGCCAAAUUUCGGUGUAUCGGGAGGACAACAAUGUGAGCUAUGCGAGCGUGGUGAAUUCGCAAACGAGGCUGAACUACAAGCUCACAAAAAGUUAGCUCACGCAUCGUCGAAAGUUCCGAGCAAAAGUUCUUCGUCGAGUGUGAGCAUGACUUGUGCUUAUUGCGGGGAGGUCUGUCGAUCAAGAAACGAAUUGGAAUCUCAUAUGAGAAUGCAACAUACCUCGAGCGAGCCUGGCGGCCGACAUAAGUGUAAUAUCUGUGACGAAGUCUGUCCCUCGGGCGCGAUUUUAGCCGAGCAUAAGCUCCAGAAACACUGCAAGAUUCAAUUGAGCGACACUUGCGUCGUUUGUCGUGGAAAUUUGACAACCGAAGCGUUAUUCCUCGAGCACGUACAAAGACACAGCUUGGAGAACGUGGAUCCUCAACAAAGACUGGACAAUUCUUUACCUCAUCUUCCAGCGCCGUGCGUCGUUUGCAGGCAAACUCUUAUCAGCGAUUUGGAGUGUCGCCUUCAUGCUCGACAUCACCUUAGAACAUCCACCAGCUCUCCGAAUACGAGUUCUAGUCCAAGUCCCAAACAAAAGCCCCUCAAUCCAAGUUGUUGCCUUUGCCUACGAGAAUUCUCUACCGAAGAUUUCGUCAAUCUUCCUCCUAAUCACUUCAGCGGAGGGCAAUCUCUCAAGGUCUGCAAAUCUUGCUACGUCAGAUAUUCCCAAGGUCUACCGAUAUUGAGCUCACCUUACGAACAUGCUCGCGGUAUUAACAACAAGUGCGAACGUUCGUGGAUCGCGGAUAAGGAUCUUCAAUGGGAUGGCUCCGGAGAUAGAUGGGAUUCCGAUCGUGGUUUUAAAACCGAAGAACGUUCUUCGAUCAAUGAUCAACGCGCUGAUCCCAAGUGUGAUACCAAAAGAUGCCAAGAGUGUGGGGUGAAGUUUGAAGAUCCCGAGGAAGCGGAAAAACAUAAGAUCGCUCUACAUAACAAAACGCACGACAGUGGCUCCAAUACUUACACGUGCAUACAAUGCCAGAUGUCAUUUCCGAGCGAGGCUAUGAUCCAGCAACAUGUGACGAAAGAACACUUAGAAGCGUCAGGAAAAGGAGCCGUUGAUACCUUGAGAUGCCACUUGUGCAUAUUCGAGGCGAAUAGUCCUCUCCAAUUGCAGAGUCAUUUGAUAGAGCAUACAUUUGCCGGAUGUGCCGCUCUCAAUUGUUACAUCUGUCAAGCUCUUUUCACUGUGCCCAUUGCUCUUCAGAAUCAUAUGUUGCAAGAACAUGGCUUAAAUGCACGACCUUACGAUUGUUCGAAAUGUACCUCCAAGUUCUUUUUCAAAGCUGAAUUAGAUCAUCAUGUAUUGAUGUUUCAUCGUGUCGACGAAAAUUCUGCAUUGCCUGAAACGGUAAAAGAGAUGUCACAAACGAAAAACCAAAUUAACAGCGAGGAUCGUAAGUUCGAUGAAAGUGUUACGAUAAAAGAAGAAUUAUUGCAAGGAACCGAAGAGGAAGAAGACCAACAAGAGGAAGAGGGAGAGGAAGAAGAAGUUAACGUAGAUGGACAAAUUGAACAAGAAAGGUUGGAUAAAGAGGAAUCGGAGCAAAAGAGGACAGCUUUGAAGAUUGAAGUCGAUAAACAGAUAGAGUCUGAAAAGGGGGAGACGUGAUUCCUUAAAUUAGGAGAUAAAAUUUGUUGACCACGUAAAGUGAUUGUAACAAAAAAACAGUUUUCUUUUCUUUUUUUCUUCUUUUUCCUUUUCUUUCUCUUUCUCAUUUUUCUUUUGAUUACAUAUGCGCGUAUGUAUCUCUAUUCUUAUCAUUUUGCUGAUAAACCUAAUAACAAAUAGGAAACAUUCCUUUUUCUCGAUAAUAUUUUACAUGUAUUUAAGACAAUCUAUUUACAAGAAAUAUACUGUUGCUAAAAGAUUGUAACGUACGUUACGUAUCUUGUUAUUAUUAAAAUAAUCAUAUUAUACACGUAAACUUUAUAUAAUGAGAAAUUUCAUUUUGUUUUAAAAAUAUAAUAACGUACUUUAGAGAUAUCUACUGAGAGAAUUCUUCUCACCCAAGUCGUUACGUUUAAUAUUAAUGUUAUAUGACAUGUAACAUAAGGCUUACAAAAACUUUACGUUAUAUUUGGGAAUAUGUAAUUAUCUUUAUUGCGUUAAGUUUAAAAAUGCUCGUGUUAACGGUUGUAAAACACAUUGAUUGUUAUCAUUAAUGUUUUAUCGAAAUGAUUUGUUUCUUGUUGCUUUCAUCCUGAUUUACAUACACAUAGUAUUAAUUGUACUAGGAUAAAAUACAAUGUGUAUAAAUUAUUAAUACACAGUUAUCAUAUACCCAACGCACACCUCAGCUGUAAUAUAAAAUACAUUUCAAUUUUCUCUGCUAAAGUCGAAAAUUCUAUAGUAGAGGAAGAUUAUGCCAUAGUCUCUAUAUAUAAUCUGUAUAUAUACGUAUUAUUGGCAAAUAUAUUAAGAAAGCUCUUUCAAUUUGUCAAUAACGUAAAUCAUCAAAUGAGUGGUAUUUACGAUUAAGAAAAUGCAAUAACCUGUCCAGUAAAUUUAGAAAGUUCAAUAAGGUAGAUCUAUUGCAAAAAUAAAUCAUUGUUUUCAAUCUUAUGCGCCAUAAUAAAUAUUGAUCUAAU